UUCCUGGUUUCUGAGCGCACACUUCCUCUGCUUUGGAUCUAACCCCGCCCCUUCAGUGUCAAACUGCGAGUCUCAGAUCCUCCCCUCAGUCAGAGUUUGUGACAUCAGCGAGUACGUCCUAUUUUAGAGUUGCAACAGUCCGGAGGAAGCAUAAAUGAAGGCUGUCAGCAGUCCCUCUCAGCAAGUUUGCCCAUUCUGCAAGAAACCAUUUAAGAGACUGAAGACCCAUCUACCUCACUGUAAGUUGGCCAAGGUUGACAAAAAUAAUGGCACUGAUGUUGUUGGCACUAAGACACUUGCAGCUGAAAGCCAACUCACAGGCAAAAAGACAAAGCAACAGAAGAAUAUGUUGUUAGAAUCUUCAGAGAAAAAAAACAAGAGUAAAAUUGGAAAGACAGGAGAACUAGGCAAGCUGCUUCUGGAUGACAGUGGACAUUCUACACCAUCCAACGUGCUGAGCAAAAUUACUAAAAAGAAAAAGCCAAACCUCAAACCAAAGGAACAGCAACAACAAGUGAGCCUAACCACCGAGAAAGACCAGAGAAGACACCUAAGGGCACAAAAAGAGUUAAGCAGUGGCUCCGGUAUUCCUCAUUCAGGCAUUUUAAGCAUUUUUGGAACCAAAGAAAGUUUAAGUUCAGAGAGAGAAUGUUUUGAAAAGGACCAAAAGCCUCACCCUAUAAUGAAGGUAAAGUUAUCAAAAGAGGUAGAAAAUCAUUCAGCAAUGCCUGCAGGAAUCCUCAAAAACAUGGAUACUAAAUGGAAUGGGACUGGUAAUACAGGAGUACAACACAAAGGAUGCACAUGGUCAAACCCCACAGAUCUAGGACAUCAAAUACAUGGUACAGCAGAUGACACGACACUCUCAAAAUUACCUCACAGUACAGAGUCCACCACAGAAUGGAGCACGGGUGAAUCUCUUGCUACUGGGAAAAAAGAAGUAUGGGACCACAUAAAACAUUCUUUAGAGAGAAUGAACUUGGAUGAACAAGAGCAAUCAGCCACAGCUGCCUUCCACUUAUCCACUUCAUGUGUUCCAUGUGGUACUUUAGCACUGGAAAAUGCAAAAAAAUCCUUAAGAGCUACCUCUACUAUGGACUCAAUUCAAAACACAGUUAUAAACCAUGACAUUAUUUGUAGCAUUCAACCAAUGGAAAGAAACAGACAACUCUUCAAGAACAGCUCUGGGCCCGUUCUUCAACAACAAGCUACUUUGACAAGGAGUGUGGUGCCAGCCUGUUCUCUGGGACUGCAGUGGUUUCCUGAGCUGUACCCUAAUUAUAUCAGUCUGCGAUUAAUUCUAGGCAGACAUAACCAUGGCAACAUAGAGUGGAAUACCAACAAGAUUCAUACACCCAAGAAGGCACAUCAUGAAAUCCCCCUUGCAUUAAGAAAUUUGAUGGAUGUCAGGAUGAAGGAGCUUCCAACCUGGAUAGUUAAUAAUUUCUCCAUCAAAACUUUACCUGGAGCAGUACAGAAAGCUUGGGGACAGUAUUACUCCAAGUAUAUCAAUGUGAAGAAGGGAGGAAUGGGAGGUCUGACCAUGUUGCUGGCUGGAUACUGUAUCUUGAGCUACUCAUGGAACUACGGUCACAUUAAACAAGAUCGCUGGAGGAGGUACCACUAAGAAAGGCACACAUUCAACUCCUUUUUCAAAGCCUUAGCCCUACACAAUUUGAUGUGCCCUCCUGCUAUUGUGUGAGACUGUACAACAUUGCAGAGUAUUUGACAAGUGCCUUACUAAUGUUGUGUUUUUCUACAAAUUUUGUCAUUGUGUGUGAUAUAGGAUGCAACCAACUCAAAAAGCAGUCCUCCACCCAAAGUGCUUAGUUAUAAAUUAAAAAUAGGUUUCAACGUUAUUUGUAAAUAUUAUUGCAGUUGAGAAUAUUACACGUUUAUCCCUUGUUGUCUAUGGUUCUGACAAACAACAUGGCUGAAAGAAAUGCAUGCUAAUCAUCUAGCCCAGGGAUCCCCUACCUUUUGAACCCAUGAGCAACAUUUAGAAGAAAAAGAAGUUGGGGAGCAACAACACAAGCAUGAAAAAUGUUCUUGGGGUGCCAAAUAAGGGCUGUGACUGGCUAUUUGGUAGCCCCUAUGGGGAUUGGCAACCUAGAUUGAGACUCCUGCACCUGGUUUUCAUACAACCAAAACUUGCCUCCAAGCCUGAAAUUCAAAAAUCAGCACCUGCUUUGAGGACACUGAGAGCAACAUCCAAGGGGUUGGAGAGCAACAUGUCGCUCACGAGCUACUGGUUGGGGAUCACUGAUCUAUAGCAAAAGCCAUUCAACAACAAUUACAUUUACAAACAACUUUAUAAGCACCAAAAGCUUCUUAGAAUGACAUUUUCUUUCAGUAAACAACUUAUAUUUUUUUGCAUUUGUUGAGUUAUAAUGCAGCCUGAACCCCUAACCAUUCAUUUAAAAAUAAACAUAUUGACAUUAA